GCCACUCUCGGUACUCACACGAGCUGAUCUGAUCGCCGGCGAGAUCACUCGGGAGACCGGCGGGAGCGUGGCCCCUGCCGGAGAGAAGCUGAGGCCAAGUUCCCGGUGCGCCGCUGCGCCCUUCCAGGCCUCGGCGCCUGCAGCGGCCCAGAGUAGGCCCAGGCCGUUCGGAACGUAAGUGCGCCCCGGCGGCCCUGCUCCUGCCCCCUAAGUGCCCUCUUAUCUGUCUGUCGGUCUUGCACAACGUCGCGAUGCCAGCCCCUCUGGAGACCUGCAUCUCGGACCUCGACUGUGCCAGCAGCGGCGGCAGCAGCACCAGCGACCUGUCUGGCUUCCUCACCGACGAGGAGGACGGUGCCAGGCUCCAGCCCUCCGCGUCCGCCUCGGGGCCGCCUGAGCCGGCCCGCAGGGGCGCACCCGGGAUUCCGGUCACAUCAGACACUCCUCGGGCCCAGGACGAUGAGCAGGAGAGGCGGCGGCGCAGGGGCCGCGCACGGGUGCGCUCGGAGGCGCUGCUGCACUCGCUGCGCAGGAGCCGGCGCGUCAAGGCCAACGACCGCGAGCGCAACCGCAUGCACAACCUGAACGCGGCGCUGGACGCGCUGCGCAGCGUGCUCCCCUCCUUCCCAGACGACACCAAGCUCACCAAGAUCGAGACGCUGCGCUUCGCCUACAACUACAUCUGGGCUCUGGCCGAGACUCUGCGCCUGGCCGACCAGGGACUGAGCGGGGGCGGUGCCCGGGAGCGCCUCCUGCAGCCUCAGUGCGCCCCCUGUCUCCCGGGGCCCCCGAGCCCCUCCAGCGACGCGGAGUCCUGGGGCUCCGGUGCCGCCGCCUCCCCCUGCGCCGCUGCCGCCUCGCCACUCUCUGACCCCAGUAGCCCCGCGGCGUCCGAAGACUUCACCUAUGGCCCCGGCGACCCCCUUUUCUCCUUUCCAGGCCUGCCCAAAGACUUGCUCCACACGACGCCCUGUUUCAUCCAUUACCACUAGGGCCCCUUUUGAAUACCGUUACUUUCCCGCUCCCCAGUAGAUGGGGGCCCAGCUGUGGCCUCGGGGUCCCUGUCCAGGCGGAGGGAGGAAACGGGAGCUUUAAGGGGACAGGGGAUACCUAAGCCGCUUGUCAGGUCGCUGCACCCUCGCAGGGGCUACCCCUUGGUCCGCUUCUCCAGCCCUCGGCCCGGGGCCCCUCCUGCCCGCCCUUAGACGGCCUAUCCUUUUGCACUUUCCGAACUCCACAAAACCUCCUUUGUGGCGGGCUCAGAGCUGACCCCAGCCACCACUUCAGUGUGAUUUAGAAAAGGGACAGAUCAGCCCCUGAAGUCGAGGUGAAAAGUCAAUUUUACAAUUUGUAGAACUCUAAUGAAGAAAAAUGAGCAUGAAAAUUCGGUUUGAGCCGGCUGACAAUACCAUGAAAAGGCUUAAAAAGGAGAGACAAGGAGUGGGCUUCAUGCAUUAUGGAUCCCGACCCCCACUACUGCAGGCUUGCUGGAGGAAGAACCCCAGACUCUUGCGUAGCUAUUCAGGCACCGGGCUGGAGAGUACUUUAAUUUAUUCAAGAUGCUUCAUUCAUAUGAAAAUGUAUUUUUGUACAUAAAGAGUUUAUUCUAUUAUUAUGAGCUAUCAAAGUUUACAUUUUUGUACUGCAGAUGUUUCAUGUAAAUAAA